AUGAGUGCCGGUGAGGAUGACGACGUCAAGCUGCAGCGAGCGUCUGCGUCGCUGAUUACCGACUUCGAACAUAUCCUCCCACGUUUGCUCCGGAAACGCAAGCACGGCUUGGUUCCUGUCGGAGUAAUGCACAAAGCCUGCUCUCUGAUUCUGGACACUCAUCUCAAGACUUUCAUCCCUCCACUUGUCGAUGCCUAUCUCGACACGUUGAGUAUUUCCAGUGAGACACCACAGAAAGCUCACGUGCCGCUUUCCCACGCUGUUUGCUGCAUAUUGAACACCUUCUGCAAAGUUCGCGGUGAAAAGGUCAUCAAGGGCUUCCUCAGCAACGAACCCCGCUACCUCUUGCCAAUCCUCCAAGAGCUCGAGGUUGGCCGCAACUACCGCGCUGGAAAUGGCGAUGCAUGUCCACAUGAACAUGUUGUGCCCUGGGUCGAGCGUUAUAUUCUGCUAUCAUGGCUCUCCCACUUGAUGCUCGCGCCAUUCCCCUUGGCAUCAAUGUCUGGCCUAGAGUCGUCGGAGCCAGUGUCGACACUUCUCGGUGCUGAGCUUCCUGCCAAAGCACCCGCCAUAACGUUGCGUGUGCUGUCUGUUUGUUUUGGCCUACUACGCUCAGCCUCGAAAGAACGUACAGCAGCAGCAAAUCUUCUGGCAAAACUUUGUAUGCGCCCGGACAUGCAGAAGCUCGGCAUGCUCGAUAAGCUGGCCAAUUGGUCCGUGUUGUGCUUGGAGUCUGCAGACGAGACUCAGGGAGACAUUCAUCAGUGUCUUGGUAUGCUUUCUUUCUUAUCGGGUCUUGUCGCAUCGACCACGAAUGAUGAGGUAGCGGGCUCUUUGUCUGCAAUUUACCGUGCAUGUCGGAGCUUAUUGAACCUCAAGCACCUCUCAUGGAUCAAAUCUUCUGCGGUGGCGCGGAAAAUUAUUGUCAAGAUUCUUCGCAACAUUGUGAUACACACCCUGCACCCCACUGCAGUCUUGGUCGAGCUUGAUUCAACGACGGUUCUCGAAGAAGUGAUCGAGUAUUUGCUAGAGGCCGUAGCUGAUGGUGACACACCUGUGCGAUACGGAGCAAGCAAAGCACUCAGCGUGAUCACACUGAAACUUGAAACAGAGAUGGCAAACGAGGUUUUAGAGGCCAUUCUCGGUUCUUUGAAUGAGAGUGUGUACUGGGAAGGCUCGAAACGAAAUCUUAGUGGCGUUAAUGCACUGCGAUGGCAUGGCCUGACGUUGACAUUGGCUCAAUUGUUAUAUCGAAAGGCCAUUGCAACCAGCAGACUACCAGAGGUACUCAACGCUCUACUUCUCUCAUUGAGUUUCGAACAGCGAUCUCCUACGGGUGGCUCCGUAGGUACAAAUGUGCGCGACUCGGCGUGUUUCGGCGUCUGGGCACUCUCAAGACGUUAUGCCACGAGUGAUCUACUUGUGGUGGAUACUGCAGCAAUUCGAGCAUGUGACCACAGGGAAAGUCUGUCCGUACCGCAGGCACUUGCCAUCGAGCUUCUCACCGUCGCGUGUCUAGAUCCUGCUGGUAACAUCAGAAGAGGCUCGUCUGCCGCUCUACAAGAGCUGAUUGGUCGACAUCCAGAUACUGUCGAGCAAGGUAUACCGCUGGUACAAGUCGUCGACUUUCACGCCGUGGGUCUCCGACAACGAGCUAUGUGCGAUGUUGCGACCAGAGUCGGUGAUCUACAUCGCUUGUAUUGGGAGGCACUUUUCGACCAUCUACUUAGCUGGAGAGGAACUGGGGCAUUGGACAAUGACUCUCGUCUGUUCGCUGCCCAAGCUCUAGGACUGUUGACGAAGACACGAUCUCCACACACCGUACGAAUUUUAUCAGACCGCGUUUGCCAUGAGAUUGCCAAACUGCGACCGCGUCAAGUGGAAGAACGACAGGGCCUUGUGUCAGCACUUGCGGCUAUCAUUAACACCUUGAGUGGUCAAACAGCACCUCGCGAUGCGCCGAGUGCAGCAGAAGCUCUUCUCACUAGCAAAAAGGCUUUGCUCCCCCUUUGGCAAUUAUUGAGAACCAGACUACAACUGGAUGACAAGGAUUACACAUCUCCAGCCCUGCGGCCAGAACUGACUGCAUCAUCACUUGCUCUUUUCAUCGCAUCCAUCGCAAGCUUGACUAUACAAUUACCACAAUCUUCCUGGCCAGAAGAUGUCCCUAUAGCAAAUGUUAUUCACGUUCUGAACCUAUGUUUGGCGCGCCAUGAGGACUCAGUCCUUGAAGCGGUCAGACUCACGACCCCGGUAGUUAUAUCGCUGCUAUCAGUGAACAACAAGUCUGUACUAUGUACAACUGUAUGCAGUUGGUUGACGACCCUUGAGAAAGAGAGCUCUUUCAAUGGGUUGCGUUGCGCGGGUCAUGCAAUCGCGCUUGGCUCAGCGUACCCAAUUCUACAAGGACAACCUCCUAACGACCCUAACAGCUUCACGGAUAUCCGGAGACGUAUCAUCGAAGUCCUGACGUUCAGGUGUACAUCGGCUGUCGCAGUCGAGGCCCGGACCGUCUCCCUCCAGGCCCUGACCAUCGUCGUGAGUAGCUCGCACAAGCUCGAAGCACUUGUAGAGAACCAGAUCAUCGCCGCGCUGCACAUCGCUCUGAAUGACUACACUAUAACUGAACGGGGCGAUGUUGGGUCUCUUGUCCGUACAGCAGCUCUGAGGAAUGUGGGGGCGGGAUGGGCGGCCGGCAACCUUCAGCUCGAGGGAAGCGAAGUGCAUCAGAAGGUUCAUGCGGAUGUUUACCGACUCUCACUAGAAAAGCUUGAUAAAAUUCGUGGAGUGGCGUCUCGUAUCCUAAGGAUGCGUAUUCCCUCGUCAUUCGAGAAGUCUGAGACACCAUCUGAAGAUGUCUCCUCUGUAAAGUAUUUCCACGAUGCUCUACAAGUAUUCCUAUCGACUACUCAAGAUACUGUCAAAGAAGCCAUAAUCCUUGGCUAUGUCAGUUCCGCUGGUCUAGGCUCCGAAUCAGUCACCCAUAAUGCCAGGAAGGCUCUUCUGCGAUUUUUUGCUGCGCUGCAAGUUGACUCAGCGAUAGUGACUUCGCAAUUAUCCGUAGCUGACGUGGCGAAUUGCAUGUUGCAACUUUUCAAGAGCAAUAUUGACAAUGAUAGAGUCUUACUUCCACUCCUAGAGACUAUCGCCUUCCUCUUCGAUAUGCGCGUCCUGCAGCGUCUUGUCUCGUCGUCGUCUUUUAAGUAA